GUCGCCUCUCCACCAUCACCACCUUUUUGGCUCCUUUGCACCCUUCUUGCGCCCUUUACAUCGCCAUCCGUGCUAUUCUUACAUCAUUUCGAUCCCUUAAGUCGCCCUCAUCCGAUAUAUUCUCGGCUUCUCUUUCGCUUUCACAUCCCCUCUCCCCUCUCCUUCGCACCGCCGCCUCUUGCCCCCUCAAACUCAUGGCUCGCCUCGACCGUUGAGUCAAUCUGCAUUCCGGUCCCGGCCCGGCCCCCUCUCGCCUUUCCGCAUCUGCCGCAUCCUUCUUGCAUGUACCACGAGGUCAACGACCAACCCAUCUGCGCUCUCUACUGCUUCUUCGUCUUCAUCUUCGCCAGUGUCAUUGAUUCCGCGAGUCACCUCUUGACGCAGCAACAUCGUCAUCAACCAUUCUCGCUUGCCGCCUUUGCGAUUAGAUUCGUCUAAUGUGAAACACGGCAUCGCCCAUGUCUGUAUCGAGCACCAGCGAUGUCGAGAGCAACCCAUCGCCCGUGCACGCUGGCAAUGACACCAUGUCGGAUCACCACCAUCGCCACAGCAGCCACUACCACCCUGCUAUACACAGGCCGCAGCAAUCCACCGUAACACACUUGCAGCCCGGCGAGAGCCUUGAAACAAUUCGAUGUUUAGUGCAGGAUGUCGCCAAGUUCAAAGGCAACGUUGGUAGGCUGACAGACGGGUUGCAUGCUUCCAACAGCCGUCAUAGAAACUUUACGCAAGAUGGAAAUGGCCGGCGUCCUGAUACUACGUCUGCAGCUCUCAACGGCUCCCAACGACACCGUGAGAGGGACUCCUCUCGUAAGAGCCCGCUGAGCAGGCAUCACUCCGUCAACGAAAAAGCCAGCCCAAGACUGGGACGCGCAGGUUUUCGUAACUCACAAGUUGCCUGCCAUUCCUGCAACAGAAUAAACAGUCCCGAGUGGCGCCAUGGCCCAGACGGACCCGGCACACUUUGCAAUGUCUGUGGCCUUGUCUAUGCGAAGCGCCAGAGCCAUAGGAAACAGCAGCACAAAGACCAUCGAAAGCAAUAG